AGGGAGGAGGUGAUGCCACUUACAUUGUGAACUAUUUCGACUGAAACUUGAAGGAACAAUUUGCCCGCUGUUCUAAUUGGAAUCAAACGCUUUUCUUGCUGAGGUUUAAGAGUUGAAUGAAUGGCAAUGUGUAGCAAAGCGACCCUAGCCUUGCUGAUCUAUGGAAUACUAAUGCAUAGCAGUGUGUACUGCUCACCUGCAGCCGGACUCCAGUUUCCUGCUUUCAGCAGGUUGGAGGAUGAAGCUUAUGAUGAGGAUGGGAAUACUCUGCAGGACUUCGCUUUUGAUAAUAACCGUUUGGGCUUAGGAAACACUGCAUCCAUGCUAGGGGACGUGUACACGCUCUAUUAUCCCCCGGAAGACAGACAAACGGAUGACAUAUUGAAUAAAGCAUACCGGAAAGUUCUGGGCCAGCUGUCUGCGAGGAAGUACCUGCAUUCUCUCAUGGCCAAACGCUUAGGGAUGGGUAGCGGUGUGGAGGACGAUUCUGAACCGCUCUCCAAGCGCCACUCUGACGGGAUCUUCACGGACAGUUACAGCCGCUACCGGAAACAAAUGGCUGUCAAGAAAUACUUGGCAGCGGUCCUGGGGAAAAGGUAUAAACAAAGAGUUAAAAACAAAGGACGCCGCAUAGCGUUUUUGUAGCGAUGAAUUACCUACCAGCCACCCUGUGUGUACAGUCCUCUUAACAGAAUGAAAAGUCAUUUCCAAAACUGACUGAACAGUCAUCGCGCCUGUGUUCUAUUUAAACAUGUAUUUAUGUAUGAAGU